GAAAUAUUCCUGAUCGGAGCGGCCGCGGCCGCGUCCCAGCGGUUUGGAGGAUAAAGGUUCGGGGACAAGGCGGCGGGCCCGGCGCGUGCGCAGACGGCGGCGGAUGAUGGCGGCCGCUCUGUCCAGGGCGCUGAAGCUGCCGGGUAAAAAGUCUCACGACUUGGGAGAGUACGACCCGCUGCGCCAGGCCGACAGUGACGACAGUGCCGAUGACGGCGACCUCAACUAUCAGAAGAAUGGCAGCCUGCAAGUUGAGGCAAUGGUUGAGGCCGUGCUUAGCAGGGACGCGGACACUGUGGUUGAAAUGCACACACUGAAGGGAAAGCAUUGCCGCUCUGAACAACCCUGCUCAGCGGAGGUCCAUGCCACUGAGGUGUCGGAUGAGUUUGUUGUCAAAAGCAGAACGUCGUUCCUUCCGUGCCUGCGGACGGCCGCCUUCCUCCUCACUCUCCUCGUGACCAUGGUCCUCGUCUUGGUCUGUGCUUUCUUCAUCCCGUGCCCCAAGAGCCGCGCACUGAAGACCUCGUGGAACAGAAGCCUUGGGCUAGCAGCCGCUUUCCCUCCAGCGAUCGCACUUUGGGACGUCAACAAUGACCAGGUUCCCGAUGUCAUCGUUUCGUUCAGCUCCACUGGGAAAGUCCGAGGCCAAAGAGGGGCCCUCAGGCCACAAGGCAGCUUGAAACUUCACGUGUCGGUGGCGGUCCUGUCCGGGGCGGAUGGCAGCGUUCUCUGGACAACUGUGGCCUCGGAGCGGCUGAAGUUCAUCCACUGCGGCAUCGGCCGUACCGAAGAGGGAAAGGGCACCGUCUGCCUGCUGGUUGGCGUCACUCACAUGUUAAAGGCCGUUAACAGCAUCUCGGGAAGCUGUUUCUGGGAAAUGAAGAACGUGUCCCCAUCCCAUCGGACCCCAGCCGCUCCGCCUGUGCAACUCCCAGACGUGGACGGAGACGGUUUUGCAGACAUUCUGCUUGGGAGUAGAUCGGCUACAUUGACCAAUCGGAUUCAUGAUGUGUCCUUCGUGUUUGUGUCAGGAGCGACGGGUGCUCUGAUAGGGCAGCCGGUGACGUAUAAUGUCACUGGUGAAGGCAAGUUGAUCGGUCCAAAGGCCUACGUGUCUGGUGAGGGGGCACUCUACGUUCUCUUUGGUUAUGGAAGCAUCCAAGCGGUGUCUGUGCGGGACAUUUACACGCAGGCGAAUGGCAAGGGCACCUUGCCUCCAUCUCUAUGGAAGGAGGAAUCCCCCUCGGAAUGGAAGCCAGAGGGAAGCCUGCCGGGAGUUCUGGAUGUGUACAGUGGUAACGGCUCUGUGCAGGACGUGCAGGCUGUGGGUAGUCCGGGCGAGGACCCCAUGGAGCUGCUGCUCACCACCAAGAACCAGCUGCAGCUGCUGAGGGGCACACAGCUACGCCAAGUGUGGCAGGCGGUCGGCAGCACCAUCAAUGGCGCUCCUGUGGCCGGGUUCUUCAACGACGACAAAGUCCCGGAUUUCCUGAUCCAGGUGGCCAGUGGGAACGGCACGAGGAAGAGUCUGAUCAUCGAUGGGAGCUCGGGCCAGGAGCUGUGGGCCGCGGAGCUGGACUGCCGGAGCCAGGGAUCGGAGGCAGCCUCGGUACCCCUGCCUGACGGGAGGUCAGCAUUCCUGUUCUGGGCCGGAGAAUGCCGAACAAAACCUUCGGCUCCGGGGGGCGACUCUGAGCGGGACGGCCAGUACCGCCUCUACCUCCUGCACCCGGCCUACCCUGGGCUGCUCGUGGAGCUGGCCCGUAGCCCUGGCCCUGUCACCGCAUCCGCCACCGGAGUGUGGGAACAAAGGAAGGAUGCAUUCCAUGUCUCCGUGACGACUGACUCCAGCCAAGCCACCCACAGGGGCCGGAUGGGGCCGCUGCUGGUCAGCACGGUGGGCCUGAAGUGGGCGAUCCUGCACAGCCGGCUGCUGGCUCUGGACGGGACGGACAUCAACACCCCGUCCAUCAGGAAAUCCCUCUCCCAGCUCAGCUUCUGCAAGGACCUUCAGCAGUGAAGGGGUCUGAACUCAUCCCUUCAGCAGAAUCCAACGUUUGUAUCCGUCGCCGUUUUACGCUGCGUUCCCCUCCCUCCACGCUGCUUCCCGUGAAGUUCCGGCCCGUUCCCCGCGGGCAACAUCCGCAUCCUAGGCCGAUCCGACAGCCAGCCUAACGGGAAGACCGUGCCGGAGAUGAAGGUAACGCAGCGGCUGGUGGGAGAGGGCGCUCCGGGAGCUCAGCAUUCCCUGCUCCCAGGGAAUCCCAUUCCCUCUACCCCUCGCCCUCUGCCGCCUCUCCUCACCCCUGCCCGCCCCCUCGUGCCAGCCUCGUCUCAGAGGGCACUGUCGCCGCCAGCGUUCAACCUAUGGAGGACAUGCUUCUCUGGGGACUAUUUCCACCCAGCAUUGUUUACAUGGUGUGUCGGAACAAGGAACUGCAAAUGCUGGUUUACAAACAAAAGUGCUGGAGGAACUCAGCAGGUCAGGCAGCAUCUCUGGAGAACAUGGACAGGUGACGUUUCGGUUUGAGACCUCC